AUGGAAUGGGAAGAAAUAUGCAAGACGGUCCUUGUGUCUGCAGGAGCUGGUGGAACUGUGAUUCUGACUCCUGCUCUUCUGGGAGCUGCUGGUUUCACCUCAGCAGGAAUAGCUGCAGGCUCCUACGCUGCAAGCAUGAUGUCUGCAGCUGCUGUGGCCAAUGGAGGAGGAGUGGCAGCAGGAAGUGCAGUGGCUGUUUUGCAGUCAGCAGGUAAACCGAAUAAUUUACUAUAUAUUAUCUCUCUCUCUCUCUAA